AUGUCAGCGGAGCGCUUGAAAUCGCUCGUUGAACAAGGAAAUCUAAUUAACUUAAACAUCGUUUCUGACUCAUUAGGUACAUUAUUACAUGAAAUAACAGCAAUGCUCGUUGAUCAACAAAGACAAAUCAACCAAAUCAACAAAGAUAUGGAAGAAAAAUUAGAUUCGAAAGAUUUUAACAGCUUUUCAAAUCAAUGGAGAAAUGACCGUGACGUUUUGUUUAGAUCUUUCCCCAAUUUCGAAGCAAAUAUUCAAAAAGUACUCAAAGACGUUGAUCAUAAGAACGAAGAAAUUCGCGAACACAUCGACCAAUCCAUUGACCAAGUUCUUAUGUCUGUUGACACAAGAAUUAUUGAGAAAAUGGGCGAUGGAGAGUCAGAUGUUGUUGUUCUUCAAAGCAGGAUAGAUCAGCUCGAGCAAAAGUUGAAGACUGCAUCAGGGUCAAUUACAAAACAAGACUUUGAUACAGUGAAGAAAAGAUUAUUGAAAGUUGAAAAUGAUCUUACUGUUGUAGCCCAUCCAAAGUUUGAUACAUCAAUUAUCGACAAAUUCAAAGACGAAAUGAACAAAAAAUUUGAAGAAUUAAAUAAUACAGUCCAAACAAGGCUUAUACCUGAAGAAGAGUUUGCAGCAGCAGGUCCAAACGGAGAAACAUCGAGAACUACAGGUAGCAAAGCAAAUGGAGACACAAAAUCCAACUCUGAUAAUAUUGAAGAAUUAACAAAGAAACUGGAGACCGCACAGUCCAAAAUCGAUGAGCUUAGUAGGACAGCCAUUACAAAGAACUCAUGGACACAAGAAGUUGGCUUAGUUGAGCGAAUGUUCGAAAAAAUGAGGAAAUUGUCACAACUUUGA